AUGGAUAGAGGUUUUGUCGGUAUCAAUGUUUCUUGGAAGGGAGCGGAGUAUAACCUAGUAAAUGUCUACGCGUCUUGUAAAAGGGUGGAUAGGCUAUCUAAUUGGGAUUCUUUGAUUAAUCUUAAAAGAGGUAGGAAUCAUGAGGAAUGGUGUGUCGUUGGAGAUUUCAAUGAAGUCUUGAGAAAAGAAGAGCGAAUAGGAGAGGGAGGUCAACGGAAUUGGACAGGUAUGGAGGAUUUCCGUAACUUUGUGGAGAUUAUGGAAUUAAUAGACGUUAAUUGUGUUGGAGGGAAGUUCACUUGGUUCAAAGAUAAUGGCAAAGCUAUGAGUAGAUUAGAUAGAUUCUUACUUACGAAGAAGAUGUUAGAGAGUUGGGAGGUGGUUGAUCAAAGAAUUGAAAAAAGAGAUAUCUCGGAUCAUGCCCCAAUUAGUCUUAAGGUGGGAAAAUUAGAUUGGGGCCCAAAACCUUUUUGCUUUAACAACUCUUGGUUUAAGCAUGAGGAUUUCAAUGCUUUUGUUGCUCAAGAAUGGAAGAAGAUGGAGGUUAGAGGGAGGGGGGAUUUUGUGCUAUAUGAAAAAUUAAAAAAGCUUAAGGAGCGGCUCCGGGAGUGGAAUAGGGAGGUUUUUGGUUGGAUUGAUUUGAAGGUGGAGGAUGCAAAGGAGAAGAUUAAUACUCUUGACAAAGAAAUCGAGGUGAAUAUGAGGGGCGUCAAUGAUGAGGAGGUUUUAGAAAGAAGGUUGGCAACAAAAGAUUUUUGGAAUUAUUUGAAUAUUAAAGAGAGUAUGCUUAGGUUAAAGUCCCGAUAUCUUUGGUUGAAGGAGGGAGAUAAGAAUACUAAGUUCUUUCAUAAUUCCUUGAAGGAGAGACAUAGGCGUAAAGCGAUAACUUCUUUGGAAGGUUCUAAUGGGAGAAUAGAAGGAGUUGUUAAUAUUAAAGAGGAGGUUAGUAGACAUUUUUGUGAGUUCUAUAAGGAGGAGGAUAGGGAGAUAUCGGUUCUGGAGGGACUUGUUUUCAACACUUUGGAGGAGGAUGAAGUGUCUUGGUUGGAGAGGAGUUUUUCGAAGAGGAAGUAA